CACCAGUAAUUAACAGUCGUUUUUCAAACCCAAAAGCGAAUUCUCCAAUCAUCAAUCACCACUUGAACAUUGAACUCAUCAACUUACUCAAGAUUUCAUCAGGCUAAGACCCGGUAAAAUAUGGAAAACAAUGUUUUCAGAGCAACUCAAUCUUGUCGUCAUGUCGAGGUUGAGAUACAGGUCACCAUUGGCAAUGAAUUCCGGAGAGAGAUCGAAAUCAAGAACCAACAGGCCGACUCGGCCGCCGUUGGCUAGGUUGUUAGGAGCUAUGGAUAAAGACGGACUUCCCCUGCCUUCUUGUGUUGCUUCCCCUUCUCACUUGCCGUGAACGGUCAUCUUUUAUCAUGCCGAACCUCCCGCCUCGUUCUAGGCUGGGCCCUGUCCUCUUGACUGGGGGCAACGGCUUUGUAGCCUACCAUAUUAUCGCAAAAAUCCUUGCUGAGGAGCCCGACUGCAGCAUCCACUCCCUGGACGUGAAUAUUAACCGUAACCGCCAUCCCAAUGCGAAUGUCCACUACCACCGCGCCGAUCUCGCCUCUGCGGCGGACGUGGAGCGGGUGAUGCAGAUUGCACGUCCCGUCACCAUCUUCCACACUGCGUCGCCGGAAUUCUCCAACGCACCAGUGUCCGCUUACCAUCAUAUCAUCGUUGAUGGCACCCAGCACCUCCUCAAUGCCGCUGUCAAAGUUGGCACCGUGCGAGCCUUAGUCAAUACAUCAACCCCUGGAGUCAUCAACGAUAAUCACUCAGAUCUGAUCGACGCCACGGAGGAGAUGCCAAUCUUACGGCCCCCGCAGCAGCAGCGGAUUUACUGUCUUGCCAAGGCUGAUGCUGAGGAGGCCAUCCAAGCUGCCAAUCGUAACAGCGGUCACGACGACCAGGGCGUGCUGACCUGCUCGAUACGCCCUGGCCUUGUAUUCGGCGAGCACGAUGUUGGCGCCUUGGGCAAGAUGGUCGCGGUCGCCCGUCAAGGCCGGUCACGGUUCCAGAUGGGCAAUGGGCAGAACCCAUACGACUUCGUAUAUGUCGGCAAUCUUGCAGAUGCGCACUUGCUGGCUGCCCACGCCCUGCUCGACGCCUGGGGCCAGCCUCGUCCCACGGACCCGACCGUCCGUGUGGACGGCGAAUGCUUCAACGUCAGCAAUGAUGACCCCUGGUUCUUCUGGGACUUCCAACGCGCAGUUGCCUCUGAGACGGGCAAUCCCGUGCGCCCCGAGGAUAUCGUGGUCAUUCCAAAGUGGCUGGGACUGACAAUGGGGUUUGUGAGUGAGUGGGUGGUGUGGGCGAUAUCGGGUGGCACUCGGACUCCUAGUAUGACUCGUGAGGGCAUUCGCUUUAGUACCCUCAUCCGCACGCUCAAUAUCAACAAGGCCAAACGGGUGCUCGGGUAUCGUCCGAAGGUGAGCAUGCAGGAAGGCAUCCAGCGCAGUGUGCGUUGGUUCAUGGAACAGCCCCAGGAAAGUACAUAGGAGAAUGUUCGAUCUGCUCUCUAUCGAGCUCUGCAUUAUCUGCCCUCAGUCCCCCCCCACACAGGAGGCUGAAAGUGGGAGACUGCAAGGCCAUAUUUCGUGAAACUCUUUGAUAUUAUUUACAAUUUGGGCGAUAUGGGAUGAGUUAAUUUCUAUGAAACCUGCUUGGUUAAAUCUCUUCUGCCAUGCAGUUUCUCAUGUUAAUCUUGUUUCCUAUAGAAUCCUAGCAUCUUCGGAGCUACGAAAGAAUGAAAGAUAUUAGCUUUAUAACUGUAAGCUGGCUGAGUGGGCCAUUCAGAUUACUUUAAGGGUUGGACUUUGUAAAUAGACCAAAAAGAUCUCAAUUCAACUACCGUGAUUGAGUCCAAGAAC